CGCAUAUAAUAAGGAAUUGCUGCUUCCUUCCGUCCAUCCCUUUGUUGGUCCACCGCCAUGGCGACUCGUCGAGAAAGCUCAACUCUUUCAGAGUUGGUAAACCCUCCUCCGUCUCCCAUCACCAAACUCAGGGCCGACGAUCUCCUCGUAGAAAUUCUGAUUCGACUCCCGACUCCUAGAACAGCCUGCCGUUGCAAAGCCGUCUGCAAGUUGUGGAACUCCCUAAUCUUCUCUCCAUACUUCAACCGUCGCUUCAUAUCUCGCUACAAGACCAUUAACGACGGCCCGCCUCUACUUCUUCGCUCCGACGACCGCCCGGAGACAUCGACCAUCCUCAGCUUUCUCCCCGUGCCAGAACAAGGUCGAGACCGUUUUGCAGUCCUUGAUUCCUUCAAGGACUUGCUUCUGUGCGGGUUUGUGGAUCGAAUUUACGUCCACAACGAACUUGAUAGAUCGUACCUGGUCUGCAUCCCAUUACCAAGCAAUGGAUCGCCCUUCCUUUAGCGCCUGAGAAGGAGUUUGCUCAUGGCCGUGCCUAUAUAAAACAUGUGCACGCGAGGUUAGUUUGUCAACCCCGUCAUAACUAUGAUCUUCAGCUAGGAGAUGCCGAGUAUUUGUUCAUUCUGAGUAUCGGUUUCGGGUGGUGUGUGUAUAUGCAACUUUCGAGCCGGUUGCAACUUUAAAACUGGACGUGUUUACUUCGGAGUCCGGAGAAUGGAUCAAGGAUGCUCUUGUUCUUGCUGGUCGAUUAAGAAAGGUUCAGCCUGGUUCACUUUCGUGCAAUGGGGAAUUAUUUUGGUGGUUUCAAUAUACCGGGGUUCCUGGCUUUUCAAUGGUUGCCUUCAAUCCUUUCCGCCUUGAAAUACCUCCCACUGUCAUUGACACUUCUUCAAUCUCCCAGCCCGCGUUCGAAACUGUUGAUUGCUUCUGUCUCACAAGAUGCUUUGCAUAUUAUUGUAGCUGAAGCUAAAAACGGCACCUAUUGUCUAUUCGAGGAAUGGCUACACUGUUUGGAGGCUGGAAGAAGAUGGCAAGUCUUGGAGGAAGCUAUAUGGAAUGUGGUUGAGUGAGGCGUCAUGGCGCGAUUAUGACCUCGAGUAUAGUGAAGUGCUUAAUCUGCAUCCAGAAAAGCCGGAAAUCAUCUUCCUGCAAUCUUUCGGUCGUCGAAAACAUGGUUGUGCAAUCUUGUCUUGCAACUUGCGGACGGGUGAGCUAGAGUACUUUGGUCCAGUGGAACAACUUCUGGUUCCUUUCAUGGUUUUUCAGCCUGGCCUCUCUAGCUGCCCUAUUUCGAUUCCAAUGUAUAAGGAAUUGCGAGCUGUGUAUGAUGGAAGCUAUAGUUGUCUGGUUCAGACCGUGGAAGCAACUCCUAUGAUGAUCGGUAUCACUUCUGCUUCUGAGAAUUUAUCCUUGGUUUCUCGAAUCUGAGAUGCACAGAUGUGUUGCAUUUGUAUUCUCUGUCUUUUUGUGGUCUCGCUUCUAAUCUGAUCUCCCAUCUCAUUUGUCUUGUGGUUGGUCUGAUGGAUACUGAAGCAAUAGAAGAACGAUAUGCACUGUAGUACUAGUCUACGUUUACCGAUGGAAAAGUUUUGGGGUAUGCCUACGAUGAUAUGCAUGUCACGGUGACUUGCACUUUCCGGUCGACCUCAGUUAGAAUUAGGUCGACCACAUUUAGAAUUCGGUCGACCUCAUAUAGGAUCUGGUCGACCUCAUUUAGGAUUCAGUCGACCUAAUCUGUUGUUUCAAUGUAAAAACAGUUCAUGAUGCCUACUUUGGAUAUUCAUAUCAUACAAUUGGCUAGAUGGAAAUUGAAGACUAAUGAUUUGUUUUGAAGCAGGAGUGUCCCUCUACAUAUUGAAGUGAUUGAGAGCUCGAUAGGAAGUCCAGAAGACCAUUUUUGAACCUCAUCAAAAGGCUAUGCCAAAACUGGGAAACUGCCUGGAAAUGGCUAAGUCUGGAAACGUGUUUGUGAAGCCUAUUUUGGAGCUCAAUUCGAGAAGCAUGAAUGCGAGUCGAGUACAGGAGCUUCUACCACGUUAAAUUAGGUAUGUUUUUAUACAAAUUCAAGGCAUUGGAUGAAAGAUUGGAUAUCUGUAAGGCUUCAAACAAAAGGGUCGAAGUUGC